GCGUCAUACCGAUAAGGAGUAUUUAAGGUUCUGGAUGAUGCAAUAAACAGUCAGUUUGAGUCAGUAUGAGUAUGGGUCAAGAUCAGUAUGGGUUAAGAUCAAUACAGUUUAGUUGUAAUCCAGUUAUAAUAAAAUUCAGUCAUUUUGAGUAAUAUAAAGUAAUCAAUGGAGUUAUAUUUAAGUUCAGUGUUCAAGUUAUAUGAAAAGUGUACAAGAAUCAUGAAAUAAACGUCAACAUCAAAAGUCUUCAUCUGUUUUACUGAUUCCAUUUCACAUUCUGGUACCAGCUUGAUACUUAGCAGCAGGAAGAACCUACAUUUUGUUGGCUCCGUCGCUGGAUGAAGCACAACAAUGCAUUACGAUAUUAUAUAAGAAACAAGCAAAUCAACGCCAAAGACAACAGUUUUGUGACCUGCAAAUGUGCAGAACCUUGCAAAGAGGUCAUGUAUGAAGCAUCAAUUGUAAGAAGAAAACAGUUGGACUACAGAGGAGUCAUUUGGAGUCAAAUGGAUAUUUUUUAUUCGACAAAAGUAGUUGCCACCAUCGAAGAGAAACCAGGGUAUGAUUUCAGUACCUUUAUAGCUGAUAUGGGAGGAUCUUUGGGUUUUCUUCUGGGACUAUCGGUUUUGGGUUUCAUCACUAUUUUAGAAAGAAUUUUUGUCCUUGCUACCAGAGAAAGGCAGUCGGGAAAGUUGAAGAAUAAGUGUCAGAAGAAUGUUGUUAUAAUGGAGGAUAGUGUAAUAAAAUAUUAA